AUAAUCGUAUAAUUAACGCCGUUGUCCGUCCGACGUGUUUGGACACGUCCAUUUUUUAACGCUAGCGUUUAGUAAAGUAUUUUCUAGUAAAGGAAUAAAUUAAAAGCCAAAGUUUCUAGCAGAACUUGUCUUACAAGAAGCGAGGUGAUUAUUCUGCAGGGUCCUACUUGCCUGCAGGCGACGACGCCGCUCUCCAAGGCCACCCUAUCCGGGCCUGGAUGCGUCUUGUCAAUGACCCCCUAUUUACAAUGGACCUAUAACUGCGCUGCUGGUACGAUGCAGAUCUAUCGUCUUACACACACACAGAGCUGUCAGAUUGUUUUAUUUAACCAUCGAACGUUUUAUCCUUAUCUUAAAUUUAUUCGCAAAUAAAUGCGCAAAAAACAACAGGAUAUAAUCCCCGACGUCACACUUGUAAGGAGAGGGCGUUAAUAUUGACGGAAAGAAUUCUCCUGGGUUUAUAAUAUAAUAUUAAUAAUAAUAAUAAUAAAUUAAAAUUUAUUGGGUGUUUACCAAUCGUUUUAAUAUUAAUUAUUUAUAUUAUUAAAAAAUAAUUUUCGAGUGGCUCUGCUUAUAGGUGGCGUAUUGUUUAUGUCGGAUGUGGUUAAGACGGAUAUCGCUGUCAUGAUGGAAUAUUGCGGUUUGGACCCGUUUCCCGGCACUUCGACAACUUCGGCACCUCCGAACGAAGCCGAUAGUGGAUACGAACCGUCGCCGUCGAGUACCUCCGGGCCAAAUUCCAUGUUUAACUUCGAAGAAGAGGACAGUUGUAGCGAACCCGACGACAUGUUUAAUCUGCAUUCUCCCUCCGAAGACGACAGUGAUGAGGAUUUUCGAAGCCGCAUCGCGGGCCACUCGACCAGUUCGCCCAUACCCAUACCGUUUCCAGGUCGACAGAUGCUUCUAAGUAACUCUACACCCAGAUUAGGAUAUUCUAUAACUCAUUCGCCGUUUAGAAGAUUGUCGUGUCCGCAGAUUUUAAACACCGGACUGGUCAGGGUUAUGAGACACGUUUCUACGCAAACGUGCCCCGACCGAGAUCGGGAUGUAGUCGAUGACGAACCCAGGUUAGCGCCCGUCCGUGCUCCGUUACCAGAUGUUGUGCAACACAAUGGCAGUAGGUCUGGUCACGUGGAACGUGCAAGAUCGGCUUCUGUAUCUCUUCCUGUCGGUAGCUUGGAUACGUCUAACAUAGCAGUAUUUGGUCGGAGGCUGAGAAGACUUAGCGAUGACUUCGAGAGAAUGAGAUCGGCAUCGGGAUUAAGUCUUCUCUUCCAAGGUAGAUCGCGACGUUCGCGAUCUUACUCGCAGAGUGACACGUGACCCCCGGGAGUAGCCGAGUAGCAUGCCAAAGAAAUUUCCUGUUGGACUUUUGCUCAACCAAUAGAGAUAAAGUCACACCCAAUUACCUCACGCUCGAAAAUUGAUGUGACAGUAUUGCUCUUCUCGUACCUAGUCGAUUAUUAUAUAAUAUUGAGAGACCAAACAAUAUUUACGCGAACUUGGAGCAACGUAGUAUUUAUAUAAAGAAAUUCAGUAUUUUUGUUUUCUUUUUGAAGACAUAUUUGUACAUAAACGAAUUUUUUGCAGCCAUGGAAAAAAUAUACAAUUAUAUAUUAUAUUAUAUAUUUCACUAUUGAUCUCGUACCAUGUUGUGAUAUCCAUGUUUUUGUAGUCAAAGCUACUAACGUGAUAUAUUAGUUUUUUUCUACCUUUUUUCUAUUUUUUGUACAUACGUUUUUUGUAAUUCUAACCUUUUUUGUAUUCGCCGCAUUCUUAUUUUGUUUAAAAUUUAUAUUAUAAAUAAAUUUUUUCAAUUUUUGAACAAUUAAAAUGUGUGCAGAACUCGACCGAUACGUUGGCUUUCUCGGCAAUCUCGGAUGAUUCACUUCGAAAUAAGUUUAAAUUGUAAAUUUCAGCCACGGCCGAUACAAAUUCGAAAGGGUUCGUUACCGACAAAAGGGUUGAUAACUCAAUUAUCGAAAGUUUUGACACUAAUUACGGCUGUAUCGAAUUUUUAAAUUGUAGACGGUGGCUAGCGAGGCGCUAAUUCUUCGAUGGAAGCGUGUGAUGUCGUUAUCUGACAUCACUUCCGUUAUUAAUCUUCCGCCGUAACUUCCAACGAGAUCCGUAACAAUCGGGUAAAUCGUCUGUUAAAUGGAAAAUCUGCCUAAAGCAUUCUAAUUUACUUUAUCUACAAAAACAUCGUCACGCGAAAGAAGACUUCGGAACGUUGUUUACUCGGCUUGGGUUACCAGUGCCCAUUUUUUACUUGAAAAAUUCGGACGAGCUGGUAGAAACUUGGACAUAAUCCGUCGAAAAAUAAAAAUACUUGAAAAGCCUUACCGAUACAUUUUUCAUCAUUCAGAUUAUAUUUCGCUCUCGUUAUUGGUAAAAUUCAGACGGACCGCGUGACAGUAAUAUCGAUAACGCGCUAGAACAAUACAA